AUGGCUAAUUUUGAGGAGUUAAUAGGCGAAGAACAGUUUGACGAAGAACACAUUAUACAGUACUAUUUUUUCAGAGGUUUUAAUUAUGAAGAAAUUCGUAGAUUUUUACAAAAAAACCAUGCGAUCGAAAUGAGCAUUAGAACUCUAAAGAGGCGAAUAGAGAGCUACGGACUUCGAAGGAGACAGGCAGAAUACGAAAUUGCUCACGUGAGAGCAGCUAUUGAAAAUAUCGUUGAUGGUCAUGGUAGUCUUCAAGGGCACAGAGCAGUGUGGCAUACUUUACAGCUGAAGGGAUUACGAGUGCCACGAAUGAUUGUGCAGGAGAUUCUGCGAGAAAUUGACCCAGAAGGAACAGAACAAGAAGAGCACAUCGUCUGA